GAUGGGGGAGGAAGGCGGCGGCGUCCCUGUCUCUGUGCUGCUUGGCAGAGACUACAUUGACUACAGGGGUAGCAAGCUGACACGGAUUCUCCAGAAUUCACUAAAUGGAAAUACUAAGACUGUGAUUAUCUGCACAGUCCCUCAGACAUCCUUGGAAGAAACUCUUAGCACUUUCCAGAGCAGUUCUGACUGCAUGUGCCUAUCUCUCCUAGUUUGCGAGUACAGCAAAAAAUAUGGAAAAUCUUAAGAGAGAUCGUUGAAAUGACGCCUA